GGACCCCCCGCUCGCUGCUUUCCAAGCGCCUCCUGGCCUCGCGGGCAGCCCCCUCGCCCGGACUCCUUGGGACUUCCCCCGCCAGCCUUGGGACUAAACUCCUCGACGGCCGCGACCCCAGCCUCAAAAGACCCCCCCCCCUUGCAGGGAAGAUGCCAGCCGGCUUCCAGCAGAUCCGAAGGGAGGAAGAGGAGGAGGAGGAGGAAGAGGCGGUGAAGGGCGGCGAGGCAGCUGGAAAUGGAAUGACCCCCGUUUUACUCCUGUCUGUUCUCACGGCCAUCUUGGGAUCCUUGCAAUUCGGAUACAACAUCGGGGUGAUCAAUGCACCCCAAAAGAUCAUCGAGCAGAGCUACAACGCCACCUGGAUGCACCGGCAGGGCGUGGCCAACGGCUCCUCCAUCGACCCGGCUGUGCUCAACAUCCUGUGGUCCCUCUCGGUCUCCAUCUUCUCCUUGGGGGGGAUGCUCACCUCCUUCCUGGUGGGCGUGGUCUCCGAAUGGCUGGGCAGGAAGAGAGCCAUGAUCGUCAACAAUGGCCUGGCCUUCCUCGGCGGUGGCUUGAUGGGGCUGGCCAAGCUGGGCAAAUCGUACGAGAUGAUGAUCUUCGGCCGGUUUGUGAUCGGGGCUUUCUCAGGAUUUGCCUCUGGACUUGUUCCCAUGUAUGUGGGGGAGAUCGCCCCCACCAAGCUUCGGGGGGCUUUGGGGACCCUGAACCAGCUGGCCAUUGUCAUCGGGAUCCUAUUUGCCCAGGUGUGCGGCCUGGACACCCUACUGGGCAAUGAGACCUACUGGCCGCUCUUGAUGGGCAUCACCGUGGUGCCCUCCAUCCUGCAGCUGCUGCUCUUCCCUUUCUGUCCGGAGAGCCCGCGCUACCUGUACAUCAUCCGAAACAAGGAAUCCAAGGCCAAAGAGAGUCUCAAGCGGCUAACCGGCUGUCAGGACGUCAGUGCCGCGUUGACAGAGAUGAAGGAGGAGAAGCGGCGGAUGGACAUGGAACACAAGGUCUCCAUCCUCCAGCUGUUCCGUUCCCGCAUUUACCGCCAGCCGCUCUUGAUCGCCGUGGUCCUCCAGCUGUCCCAGCAGCUGUCGGGCAUCAACGCGGUCUUCUACUACUCAACUGACAUCUUGACCAAAGCCGGUUUGGAACAGCCCAUCUACGCCACCAUCGGAACGGGCGUGGUGAACACCAUCUUCACCAUCAUUUCGGUGUUCCUGGUCGAGCGGGCGGGAAGACGGACGCUACACCUGGUGGGCUUAUUCGGGAUGGGCAUCUGUGCCCUUUUGAUGAUGACUUCGCUCCUCCUCUUGAAAAGUGUUGCCUGGAUGGGUUACCUGAGCAUGGUGGCUAUUUUUGCCUUCGUGGCCUUCUUUGAGAUCGGGCCGGGCCCCAUCCCGUGGUUCAUCGUGGCCGAGCUGUUCAGCCAGGGGCCCCGGCCGGCCGCCAUGGCGGUGGCCGGCUUUGCCAACUGGACUAGCAACUUCAUCGUGGGCAUGAGUUUCCCCUCCAUCCAGGAGGCGAUCGGCCCUUACGUCUUCCUCCUCUUCGCCAUCCUCCUCUUCAUCUUCUCCGCCUUCACCUACCUCAAGGUGCCCGAGACUAGGGGGCGCACCUUUGAUGACAUCGCCGCCACAUUCCGACGCACCCCGUCGUUGCUGGACCGGGAGAUCAAGCCCUACACGGAGCUGGACGAGCUGAGCCCGGACGGUCACGAAUGAAGACGGGGGUUGUGGCCGGGAUGGGAGUUGCGGAGAGGGAAAGGAGACCACAAGGCAUGGAAUUAGGGACGGUGGCAGAAAGAGCAGGGUUUGCUGAGCACUUUACGGCCGGGAGGCCUGGCUGGAAGAUCUCAGGGUCUCGGCCAAACGGUUUCUUGGGUCCGGUUGCGUUUAUUAUUAUUAUUUUUUAAUUGUUCGUUUUUAAGAGAAAAGCAAUCGAUUGUUUUUAAACCGGACGGUCCGGGAGCGCAGGGGUCACGGUCACCGCUGUAAAUAAGGCUUUGGGGUGGAAAGAUGCCCUCUGGGUAGCCCUGAUUGGCCUAGAUUUCCCCCCAUUUUCCCAGAGCACUUUCGGAAGCAGGAACCAGUCCCCCCCCUCCCGCCCCCCAGGAAAGAGAGAGACAUCCUGGCUGCCAACUAACCAUCUUCCAAAGACUUUUCUUCUUUUGUACCUGGCUGACUUGGGAUCAUGCUAAGUCCUGAGUGUGUGUCGCCCAAGAGCACCCCAGAGCAUGGGCAGAGUUCCUUGCUCACCCUUCAGGAGGUUCCACAGGCAGGCUUACUCUUUCCCCUGAUCCAGAACAUCCGUUUUUUUCCAGUAAAUGUUGGACACCUUCCAGACCAGGGGUGUCCAAACGUGGCCCCUUUAAGACCUGUGGACUUCAACUCCCAGAAUUCCCCAGCCAUUUUUAAAAAUUUUUUUUUUUUGCUGAAGUCAAGAUAGAUUACGCCAACCGCAUUCCCACCAUCUAUGAAGAAAGUUACCCGAUCAAAAAAAAUAGAGUAGUCCGGUCUGUCCUAUCCGCACUGAAUUCUGGUAAAAGGUUGCCGGCAGAGGAAUUCUGGGAGUUGAAGUCCAGAAGUCUUAAAGUGGCCAAGAUAGGACAACCUCAGUCUAGACAUCAAACCCUGAAUGUGUGAUUAAGGCUGAGGCCAAACAAGAAGAGGGUGAUUGGAGAGGUGAAAGAGUGACAGCUUGGGAUGACUUUAGACCAGUGGUUCUCAACCUGGGGGUCGGGACCCCAUUUGGGGUCGAACGACCAUUUCACGGGGGUCGCCAAACAACGCAGUCCGCCA